AUGGCUGCCACUGGGAAUGACGCCCUCAAGCCGAAAUAUGGACCGAAGGUAUUACAGAUGCGCGAGAUGAUCGCCCAGCCUGUCUUUGCGGCCUUUUGCGCCGGGGGUGUUGCCGGAGCGGUUUCUCGGACAGUGGUCUCCCCGCUUGAGAGGCUAAAGAUUCUUUUCCAAAUACAAAGUGCUGGGAGGGAGGAAUAUAAGCUUUCCGUCGGCAAAGGUCUGGCGAAAAUGUGGAGGGACGAGGGAUGGCGAGGGUUCAUGAGGGGAAAUGGCACAAACUGCAUCCGCAUAGUGCCGUAUUCCGCAGUACAGUUUGGAAGUUACAACUUCUACAAGAAAUUCUUCGAAACCUCGCCAGGGUCAGAUCUAAGCUCCCUCAGGCGGUUAAUUUGCGGUGGUGCCGCUGGUAUUACCUCUGUCUUCUUCACCUAUCCUCUCGAUAUCGUCCGGACCAGGUUAUCCAUCCAAUCUGCCUCCUUUGCAGCACUUAGUCAUGCACAAAGAGCAAAAUUACCGGGAAUGUGGCAGACACUAGUUAUUAUGUACAAAACGGAGGGUGGAGUACUCGCACUAUACAGAGGCAUAAUUCCCACCGUGGCUGGCGUAGCGCCCUACGUCGGCCUAAAUUUUAUGACUUAUGAGCUUGUUCGAAAAUAUCUUACACCCGAAGGGGACAAGAACCCAAACGCGGGGCGCAAACUCGCUGCCGGCGCAAUAUCCGGAGCGGUUGCACAAACGUGCACAUAUCCCUUUGAUGUCCUGCGACGUCGCUUUCAAAUCAAUACCAUGUCAGGAAUGGGCUACCAGUAUAAGUCUAUAUUCGACGCCGUCAAGAUGAUUCUUGCCCAAGACGGUAUCAGAGGCAUGUACAAAGGCAUAGUGCCCAACCUUCUCAAGGUAGCCCCGAGUAUGGCGAGCAGCUGGCUUAGUUUUGAGAUGACCCGCGAUUUCUUACUCACUCUGGGGUCUGACGCGCCGGAUCUAUAA